ACAAGUGACCAUAUCGGCCGAGCGCCUCGCGGUCCCUGCCACAGCUGCUAUCUCCUGCCGCCGCAACGCGCGCGGGGGCCUGCUUAUCGCGGAGCAGCGCCGGGGCACCAGGGGACCCCGCCAGCCGGGUGGGUGACCGUCAAACCGACCGAAACUCGCGUCCUUUGCUUCGCGCGAAAAAGGACACGAGCGCUCAUCAGCAGACCGGAACAAAGGACCCGGCGCGCGCCAAUGGUGACCAUCACCUCCAGCAGCGUGGACGUGACGUCGGCGGUCCGGGUCGACCCCGCGGCGUCGCCCAAGGACGAGCCGGCGGACCGGGCCGACGACGAGGUCACCAUCGUGGACGUCGAGGACACGACAGAGGGUACGAGGAACAAGAAGUACGCCUCGUACGCGGCCAAGAAGACGGUGGCGCAAGGCAUGAUGGACAUAGCGCUGAUCACGUCCAACGCCAACCAGCUGCGCUACCUGGUGGAGUACGGCCGCAAGACGGCCGGCUUCUACUUCGCCGUCACCUUCAUCGUCAUCAGCCUCAUGCUGCAGGUGGCCGUGGGCAUCUCGCUCAUCUUCAAGGGCAAGCUGGACCUGAAAGGAGAGGCGAAGAUGUCGCACGCCAACAAGAUCAACAACUACGUGGUGGUGGGCGUGUUCCUGGUCACCAUCAUCAACGUCUUCGUGGCGGCGUUCAGCGUGCCGGGCGAGUCGACGCAGGUCGUGGUGGCGGCCGUGUCGUCUCCGCCCGCGCCCGGCGCCGCCAACGUGGCGAACUGAUGUUCCGCGGGGCCCGCAGCAGAACAUCGCGUCAUCGCUGCAGCCGAGCGCGUCUCCCGCUCGAGACGGGAACAAGAGGCGCAGUGAUGAACUGAUGUUCCGCGGGGCCCGCAGCAGAACAUCGCGUCAUCGCUGCAGCCGAGCGCGUCUCCCGCUCGAGACGGGAACAAGAGGCGCAGUGACGAACUGAAGUCCCGCGGGGCCCGCAGCUGAACAUCGCGUCAUUGCUGCAGCCGAGCGCGUCUCCCGCUCGAGACGGGAACAAGAGGCGCAGUGACGAACUGAUGUUCCGCGGGGCCCGCAGCAGAACAUCGCGUCAUCGCUGCAGCCGAGCGCGUCUCCCGCUCGAGACGGGAACAAGAGGCGCAGUGACGAACUGAAGUCCCGCGGGGCCCGCAGCUGAACAUCGCGUCAUUGCUGCAGCCGAGCGCGUCUCCCGCUCGAGACGGGAACAAGAGGCGCAGUGACGAACUGAUGUUCCGCGGGGCCCGCAGCAGAACAUCGCGUCAUCGCUGCAGCCGAGCGCGUCUCCCGCUCGAGACGGGAACAAGAGGCGCAGUGACGAACUGAUGUUCCGCGGGGCCCGCAGCAGAACAUCGCGUCAUCGCUGCAGCCGAGCGCGUCUCCCGCUCGAGACGGGAACAAGAGGCGCAGUGACGAACUGAUGUUCCGCGGGGCCCGCAGCAGAACAUCGCGUCAUCGCUGCAGCCGAGCGCGUCUCCCGCUCGAGACGGGAACAAGAGGCGCAGUGACGAACUGAUGUUCCGCGGGGCCCGCAGCAGAACAUCGCGUCAUCGCUGCAGCCGAGCGCGUCUCCCGCUCGAGACGGGAACAAGAGGCGCAGUGACGAACUGAUGUUCCGCGGGGCCCGCAGCAGAACAUCGCGUCAUCGCUGCAGCCGAGCGCGUCUCCCGCUCGAGACGGGAACAAGAGGCGCAGUGGCGAACUGAUGUUCCGCGGGGCCCGCAGCAGAACAUCGCGUCAUCGCUGCAGCCGAGCGCGUCUCCCGCUCGAGACGGGAACAAGAGGCGCAGUGACGAACUGAAGUCCCGCGGGGCCCUCAGCUGAACAUCGCGUCAUUGCUGCAGCCGAGCGCGUCUCCCGCUCGAGACGGGAACAAGAGGCGCAGUGGCGAACUGAUGUUCCGCGGGGCCCGCAGCAGAACAUCGCGUCAUCGCUGCAGCCGAGCGCGUCUCCCGCUCGAGACGGGAACAAGAGGCGCAGUGACGAACUGAAGUCCCGCGGGGCCCGCAGCUGAACAUCGCGUCAUUGCUGCAGCCGAGCGCGUCUCCCGCUCGAGACGGGAACAAGAGGCGUAGUGGCGAACUGAUGUUCCGCGGGGCCUGCAGCUGAACAUCGCGUCAUCGCUGCAGCCGAGCGCGUCUCCCGCUCGAGACGGGAACAAGAGGCGUAGUGCAAAAAUAAUAGUGACCUGACAUAGGAUUGUGACCUUAUCAUCAGCUGAUGAACACUCUGAAAAGACAUCAUUAUGAAUACAGAAAUGCAUUUGAAGUCUAACCUGGGGUGUAAUGAAAUGGGAAAAUAAUGGUGGCACUAAUUAUUAUUUUUUAUCCUUACGAAAAACCGAAAACAGACAACUAUGUAGUUAUAAAAUAUUUCUUGCAAUAUUACAUUCACACCACGAACACGACAGCCAUCGAUGUUUACAAGUUGGUUUUAAUUUAACCGUUUGCACAUAAAUUUCUGUGUAAAAUUCAAUAUUUAUUUAAAAAAAAUAUGUAUAUGUUAAAUUUUUUAAAAGAUAAUAAUAUUCUAGUAAACAAAAAGUAGUACCAUUUUUCAACGUAUCCUUCUACCACUGAUAUAAACAACUUCAUGUAUCUGACAGUGUUCGUAAACAAACAUCACGCUAAUCUUUGAAAGUGGCGGUAGAUAAAUGGUACUAAUUUUGAGAAAUGUCAAAUCUGAGACAAGUUGAAUGACAUAGACUAUACCAUGGUCAGAGAGCCUAUGAUCUUUUGGACCUUAUUGUACAUGAUCAGGGCUAGAUUUUAAGGAAUAUUUUAACCUGCCCAACGGACAGGUGUAAUCGAAAAUUUGCCUGUCAGCCAUCCAAUUUGCCUGUCCGCUGUUUUACCCAAAUAAAAAAAAUUUCAAAGUCGCUGAAAAAGUGAGAAAAAAGGA